CGAGGGCACGAGCACGUGACCCUCGUGGUCGCUCGUUAUGCAUGGUUAUUGCGUGAACAUAGAUGGACAUAAUUCAGUCGGCACGAGGAGCAAACCGAUCAAGCUGGUCCGAACCAGGAACAAUUUUGCUGAAGACCUGUUCUCAAUUUCCUUCCAAGCAUGGAGGGUCGUCGUCCUGCGGCGCAAGGUUCCAAACAACCGCAUGGGUCAAAGGAACAGGACGACGACGAGGGCUCCACAUUAGUCAUAGACAUCGACCGGUUUCACCGCUACUCACUGCUCAUCAGCAACUUCGUCGUCAUGUUGACAUCAGGCGUCCUUGCUGCAGGAUGUGCCAUCUCACUGUUGCUCCACUGGGACGAGGUCAUCGUUGUCCCCGGCCACAUAGCGUUGACCAUCGUAGUCAACCUAGAAAUCCCUUGCAUCGGCUUGGGGCUUUUGUGCUUCCUGACGGCGUCUGUUGGAUUCAUCGGGACUCUACGCGAGAACAUGACACUGUUGAAGGUGUACGGCUACAUGCUGUGCGCGAUGAUGUGGCUGAUUUUGAUUACGGGCCUCGUGUUCAUCGUUACGCCCGUCGCAUCCCCAUCGACCGUCGAAGGCCUCAUAAGCAUCGAGCUCGUGGAGCACUACAAUACCAACCAAAAAAUUCGCGCUAUCGUUGACAAGAUGCAAAGUAGCUUCAGAUGCUGCGGUAUCACCCGGAGCGGCUUCCGCGAUUGGAACCAGAACAUGUACUUCAACUGCAGCCAAGACAAUCCAAGCCCUGAACGGUGCAGCGUUCCUGACUCCUGCUGUAUAGUCCCGGAAGACGAGGACACCGCCGAGGCUGUUCUCAAACAUCAGUAUUGCGGCAAAGGUGUCUUGACGAUGGGGCGGGAUGAAGCCCUGGCCACCGUCUACAGCCGGAACUGUGUGGAUGCAGCGAUCGGCCAAGUGCGGAGGAACACUCUGCUCAUGUCCGCCCUCAUUUUCAUCGUCAUAUUCGUAUUGUGUAUACUGGGCCACUUGGCUACUGACGUUGUGCGCGACCUCGGGACAAUGCAGAGGGCGUACGACAAGUAUUACCGAGCCAAGAAGAAGGGUCUCAAGAAGAAAAAGGCGAAGAUGGAAGCAAUGCAGUGCAUUCCAAAGAAUGUAUUGGUGGACCUUACAAGAUCAGUCCAGCCUCGAGCUUUCAAAAUCGCACCGCCCGUCCGUCGCAAGCUAAGGUUCGUCGAGCCCUGCCAAAUUGAGUUCGACAGGAACAUCAGCUGCCACAAGAUUCCACAGGUCUCAAGAUGCAAAAAUGAACGUGCAAAAGUCAUGUUUUCGCCGUAUUGUAGGAAGCACGUAUUUGAUCCUAACUGCGCGCCACGUCUCAAAACUAGCAGGAAAACAACGUAGUAGGCACCUAUCAAGGAUGUACGAAGAUUUUCGUGCAUGCUGAUCAUCGUCCUGCGACGAGUUUUGUGACAUUAUGCGGUGAAAAUACUGAACAUUGAAAUAUAUUUAUUAUUUAAUACUGA